AUGACCACCCGCUCCAUCUUCCACCUGGCCUUCCACGUACGCGACCUCGCGGCCUCGCGGCACUUCUACGGCGGCCUGCUGGGGUGCCGCGAAGGCCGCUCGACGGACACGUGGGUCGACUUCGACUUCUUCGGGCACCAGAUCAGCCUGCACCUGGGCGAGCCGUUCGCGACGACCAACACCGGCAAGGUUGGCGACCACAUGGUGCCGAUGCCGCACCUCGGCGCGAUCUUGCAGCUCGACGACUGGCGUGCGCUCGCUCAGCGCUUGGAGGGGCACGUCGAGUGGGUCAUGGAGCCGCAGCUCCGUUUCGAGGGCCUGCCCGGCGAGCAGUGGACCAUGUUCUUCCGCGACCCGUCGGGGAAUCCCAUCGAGGUCAAGGGGUUCAAGGAUCUGGCGAGCGUGUAUGAUGCCUAA